AACAGUAAUUAAUUCAGAAGACAGAGCUUCACAGUUGGGGAUUUAUUUCAAUACAGAUGAACCAGCGAGGGAAGGCUUAUAGUUGAUGUUCAGAUGAACGGAACACAACGGAGAACAUUAUUUUCUACUCAAAUAAUGUACACUAGCAGAAGUGCUUAAAAUGGCAACAUCUAUUUUUCUAAUGUUGUCCAUCUUUAACAGGACACAACUCACUAGGUUAGCCAUUUUGCUGAGCAUCAUUGGGGUUCCAGCUGCAAAUAUCUGCGGUGAUAAAACCUUUCGAAUAGCACCACUGUACAGCCACCUGAAACCUGUAGAACGUCCAGCAAAAGAACUCAACGUGUCCAGUAGAAUGGCUUGUUCCACAACGUGCUAUUAUAACGUCAAGUGUACAGGUUUUUUCUACAACGACAACGGCCGCAGAUGUUCUAUGUUCAACGUCAGAUUUCACUCCUUGUCUUUUGUGAACGAAACAGGAACACAGGCAUACGAAGUCGUUUCCGGUGUUCCAUCUGACUGUUAUGACGUCAUGCAGAAAGGUGAUGGUACCGGUGCAGUGUAUACCAUUGUACCGCGUGACAACGGCGCACCAAUCAACGUAUCAUGUGAAGAAGAAGGCUGGUUGGUUAUUCAGCGACGGACGGACGGGUCAGAGGAUUUCUACAGAACUUGGAAUGAAUAUAGAUACGGAUUUGGAGAUUUAAAUAACGAGUUCUGGUUAGGAAAUACAAACAUCCAUCGUAUAACUAGCCAGGGUCACUAUGAUCUGAGAAUUGACUUGGAAGACUUUGAAGGAAAUACCAGGUACGCGCUGUAUAAGAACUUCUCCGUGGCAUCAAAGCAGGACUACUUCCGGUUGAGUGUUGGAGAAUACAGUGGGGAUGCAGGAGACGGUCUUGGUAACCACAGUGGCUACAGGUUCUCAGCAAGAGAUCUGGACUUGGAUGCAUAUAAAUCCAACUGUGCCCAGAUGUUCAAAGGAGCCUGGUGGUACAAGUCCUGCCACUCCUCAAACCUGAACGGCCAGUAUUUAGGAGCAUCUCAGAAGUCGUACGCGGAUGGUGUGGACUGGAGUAGCUGGCGAGGUCACUAUUAUUCUAUGAAAACAUCAGUGAUGAAGAUCAGACCAAUGAAAUUCUGAAACAAUCGUAAUGAAAAUUAGAUUGCUGGUAUUAUGAAGAAUAGAUUCCUGGAAUUAUGAAGAUUUGAUUCCUAGAAUUAUGACGAUUCGGGCAAUUAUGGUAAUGAGAAACCACGAAUUCCAAAAUGAAUAUUAUAUUAGUCAGCACGAACAUUAGACCCCACACACUACUAAGACAACAUCCCAGAAUAUUACAUUCUGGAAUUAUGAAGAUUAGAUUCCUGGAAUUACGAAGACUAUAACCCAUACAUUAUGAAGAUUCUUGAAAUUAUGACAAACACAUUGUUAUUUGUAUCAACCUGAAAUACAAGAAAUAUAUCAUUUUAUGUGAUGCAUCGUUUUAAUGAAUUUACAAUGCUGUAGGAAUUUUUAUAUUACUGAUGUUUUUAUGUCAUUUGUCGUGUGAACAAGAUAUAUUAUGAUGAUUGCAUUAUGGGUAUAGCACUCUGUAAUGCAGUAUAUGCUUAGUGUAACGUGUUUUUGUUUUAACUGUAUAUGCAACUUUAAAAAAUAUCACACACUGAUUACACAUGUUACACUACCUAUUAUAUUACAUAUAUAUAUAUGUGUAUGUAUGUGUGUAUAUAUAAUUAUGUUGUUGUUGCAUAGCGUCUAUAAUAAUUAAACGCUUUACGUGUAUAUGAUUUUAACCAUCUGUAUAAUCGAAAGUUGAUCGCCGUGAAGACGUUUUUUGGUUUAUUUUUUGUCCCUGGUUAUGUCUACUUUUUCAAUCAUCUCUGAAAUUAUAAAUUAAAUGUGUUUAUAUGGCCAUGUCUGUAGCUUUGGGUUUAUUUUCCUUCAAAGUAAAGUUCCAUUGUAAUUCUCUGAUCGUAAUUGAAAAACAAACGGGCACUCAAUAACUUCCGUGACACGCAGUUACUGGUGGUGUAAUUCGAUUGGUUCUCAGCAUCCUCACUGAACAGUAGACGACUUGCCAUUGGCUGUACAUGUCAUCUGUAUGUAUGGUCACUCUAUCGAGUCUCGAGAAACAAAACAAAUGAGGUGUUAUGCUAUGUUUUUGAUUGUUUCUAGUCAGAUAUGAUUGGUAAAUAAACAUGAACUGCUGA